AUGAUGGCCCUGAAGAUUUUCCGCUGCCCAAGCUGUGACAUGGGCUUCCGCUCCAAGCACCUGCUGGACAAGCAUGUGGAGAAGUUCUGCAUUGGCCGUCAGGCAGCAGGCGACUCCUUUGCUCUCAAUGCCAGACACAGGGAGCAGCCGGGCCUGCAGGGGAAGAAGAUGCCCAGGAACACAGACCCUCCAGACCACACGCAGCGGCAGCUGGGCGACCCGUGGGUGAGGAGAGUCCGUCUGGGACAGCAGCCGCAGGACUUCCUGAGCGACCGCGAGAGGAACCUUCUCGGAGGCUAUGAGCUUAAAGGGAGCCCCUCAGACAGCCGGGCCUUGAGGAAGCUGACUGAGGAGGAGGAUGCCAGCCGUCGGAUUUCCCACCGGCAGGGGUACAGGGAGCGGCUGCAGGAGAUAGCAAAGGCGCACGAGCACCAGAUGGCUGAUAUCCAGGCCAGGAACCAGCAUCUGGAGCAGCAGGGAGAGGAAAUCCGCAGGCGCCUGUCGGAGCUGGCCCUCAGCAACUCUUCCAGCACGCACGUCGAGCAGCUGCUGCUGGAGCUGAAGGCCCAGGAGGGGAAGAACCAGCUGGCGCUGGAUGCUCUGAGACACCAGAUUGGGCUCAUGCAGGCUGCAGACACGAGAAGCAGGUUGGAGCCAGACAGCCGUACCAACGCAGCCGGGGCUGCGGAGAAGGUGGGCGGGAAGGUCUCCAUCAGUCUCAUCCCAUUCCCUCCGGCUGCCGGGCCCCUCUCCUCGGAAAUCAGAGCCCUGCACCUGGCCUACCUGCAGGGCGGGGGGAGCGACCCUGCCGUUCUGGCGCAGAUGUACGACCUGCAGGUGGAGGCCAUGGCGCUGGAGAGGGCGGCUGGGAGGCAGGAACACAAGGAGCGGAAGAAAAAACACCAGGCUGCUGGCGUGGGCCCCCGGGGCCUGGACGCAGAGCUGCUGGCUGUGGAGCUGGAGAAUCAGCGGCUGGAGGACGAGCUCUUUAAGCUGAAGAUGCAGAGGGAUGAGAGGAGGGUGGAUGACGGCGCUCUGGACAAGGGGCUGGCGGAGCAGCAGCGGGCGCACGCAAUGGAGAUGGCUCAGCUGCACGCCGAGGUCGGGAUGCUGAGACGUGAGGCAGAGAGGGUGCAGCCACGACGGGCUGGGAGGAGGUCGCCACCCAUGCUCCCACCGCCAGUGGCCCCACCCCUGCCACCUCCCCCGCCCCUGCCUCUGCCAGGCCUGCGUGAGCUCCCCUUCAUGGACCGAAUGGGACCUCAGACCCAUCUCAGCAGAUACUUGCUGGACCCUCCCGACGCUCUGGGACCUGCUCCGUAUGACCCAGCGGCCGGCUUUGUGAUAUUCUACGACUUCCUGCUGGGCUUGGACCCUACCUUCUUCCAGGUUUGCCUGGUGGCUGGGCUUUACCGUAAUGGGCAGGAGAUGGGCAAGCCAACCCCUCUCCCUGUCGCUUACUGCCAAAUGGGCCAGUCCCCACCGUAUGUAGUAGAUGGGCAGAGAGGCAACAGUGCAGUCCUAUCGGCUAAGCAGCCGGUCCCAAGAGUCCGGCCCUCAACGUCCAUCGCUCUGGUGAUAGAGCUGCAGGCCUCUGGGGGCUUUGACGCCUACGGGCAGGAGAUCCAGCGCCUGGCCUCCCGGGGAUGGGCCAAAAUCAACCUUUUUGACCAGCUCCAUCAGCUGAUCAGCGGGCGAUGGAAGAUUCUGGUCCGGUUGUUUCCGAUGCAGCCGGGCCUCACAACGGAACAGCUGAAUGGGAUCCCUCAGGCUGGCAAGACGGAGCUUUACCUUCGGGUGGUGAAUGCGAGAGACGCCGACAUGCAGUCGAUGGCCGAGAUCGACCCUGGCAACGCCGCCAUGUACCAAUACCCUCCCACGGUGUCCAGUCGCACAGCGCCCCCUGCAGGCAGCCUUCCAACCCAACGCCCUUUCCACCCUGCCCCCACCAGCCUGUACCUUUCUGCUCCCCCUUACACUGGCUUUGUUGACCCGCCUCCUAUUCAGGAGCAGCCUGUCCAGCACAAAACUAGUCAAAGGUGA